GAAGUAGCUACACAAAAAACGCACCCACGUUUUUUCCUCACCGUGUUCUCAGCAUGCUACUGUGAGAUGUCCAUUGACAUGGUGGAACUCCAGGAGAAAACGACCGUACAGGUCCGGUCGACCAGCGCCCUCCAGCAGAACCGAGUCUUCCUUGACUUCUUCUGGGACUUGGCCAACCAUGACGCGAAAAUUCGGCUUACCGCCUUGGAAAAUCUUCUGAAAUACCUGAAAGACAACAACCAGGCGGAUGAGAUGACAUACACACUCAAGAGGUUGGUGGACGGACUUGCUCACACACGGCCGGUGGCGAGACCCGGAUUCAGCCUGGCUCUGGGUCAACUCCUGAGUACGUUUGAGGACCUCUCUCUGGAGAGCGUCUUCGACAAAAUCAAGGAUAAGCACAAUUUUCUAAAAGCCAAUAAGAAAGGUGUCAGAAAUGCUGCCUUUGGCUGCUUGUUUGGAAUUCUUGCUCUCCAUCAGUCAGGCCGCAUCUUCAAAGAACCGCUGGUGGUGCUGGGUUGUGUGCAGCUUCUGCAAAACCUCACUCAGCAGCGACAAUACCUGAACGACCUGCCCAACAAAGCCAUGAUGGACAUCCUCGCCGAGGUUCCUGAGAAAGUGUUUGAGGAGGUCCUGUUCAGUGCCCUGCAGGCUGACAUGGCCUCGGCUUUCCAGACUCCAGAGCAGCUACAACUGCUGCUGGUGGCGCUGGAGCGCUUCCCGCGGACUCUCCAACCCAAGAAAAUAAAGCAGCUACUGGGCUCUUCCAACAUCAUUAACAAUGACAACAUCGGAAAGCUGACACAACUACUCAAGAAGGCCGCCCAUUCGGUGAAGAAGGAGUGCGUGCUGCCGACGCUGGCCUUGGACCUCCUGAAACUCUCGCUGAGGGAAAACAGCUUCCAGCUCUUCUGGAACAAAGCCAUUGUGGAGGGAAUGCUGAAGGAGCAAUGGGGACCCACGCACUUCAUGAGUUUCCGACUGUUGGGCAGCGCCUUGCCGCUUUUGUCCUUGUCCCAGCUAAGAGAAGUUCUGUCCGGGGAGGUGAUGAAGCAAUUCGGAGAUCAUGUGGUGUCUGCCCAGAAACAAGAACGCUUCAAAAUGGCACCCGAGAUGGAAAACUAUGUGUCGACCUUCCUGGAGGGCUGCCAGGACGUCGAAAAGCAGUUGGCGGUGAUGGUGGGCUUCUCCUCGCUUGUCAAUCAGGGCUAUCCGGUGGUGCCGUCCGUGUGGCGCACGGUGCAGCACCUGCAGCCGGCGGCUCUGCGGAGUUACGUGGCGUGGCUCAGGACCACCUUCCUCCAUCCCCGCGUCGACGAACUGCUCAACUUUGCCUCGCGCAAGCAGAUGGACCGCCAGGAGAACUCGGAACAGGAUCCCGUAUAUCGCCUGAGGAAGUGGAUCGUGGCCAGGCUGGCCUCCAUCAUGGACAACAACCAGGUGAAGAAAGACGAGGAGCUCAUUUUGGAGAUUGCCAAAUUUGUUUUUUUCCACACCUUCUUCAACACCAAGAAGCCCUGCGCCGACAUUCCGGAAACGGAAGACAAGCUCCUCGUGCCACUGGAUCCGAAUACCAGAGCAGUGCUGGUCACUUCCUUUUUUGGGCUCCUCCUCUCCAUGUAUAACUUGCCACUUGCCGAUGAGGCGCCCAAAGGCGUGGCGGUGACCCAGAAGCGCCCGCUGAGCACCAUGUCUGAUCGCUCCUUGCGGCUCUACCGCUUGGUCCAGUAUGCCCAAGAACUGCUCAACAAACCCACGUUUGUGCAUCCCGUCCAUCCCUUCAGUGAGGAAGAGAGGCAAGCCUGGGACAGCAUGUUGGAGUCGGUGGCGAAGCUGAGGAAGAAAGCCAAGAAAGGUCACUCGGCGGAGAACAGCUCCUUCCAGCAGCUCUUUCUCUUGGUCGGCAUGCACCUCUUUAAGGCUCCAGAUGAGCUUCUGGACGUCAUGAAUGACCUGCAGAGCUGCGUAGACAAAGCGCAGGAGAAGAAAGCCAAGAAGAAGCAGAAAAAAGCCAGCAAACAGGAGGAGACUGAGCCCAUUUGGGUUGAGGUAAUGGUGGACAUCUUGUUGUCGCUUCUGACCCAGCAGAGCCGACACAUCAGGCAGGUGUGCAAGACCGUCUUCGCCUCCAUCUGCCCCCACGUCAACGCCGCCGCCCUCACCGCCAUCAUGGAUGUCCUGGAUCAGGAUAAAGACGACGAGGAGGACGGCCUUGUGCUCGUUGUGGACGACGCGGAGAAGAAGAAGAAACCGGUGAAGGAUGAUGAUGAGGAUGAGGAGAUGGAAGACGAGUCGGACGAGUCUGACAAUGACUCUGACGAGGAUGAGAAUGAAGAAGCCAUGGAGGACGAGGAGGUGGACCAAAACUUCAAACUCGAGCUGAUGAAGGUGCUGCAGGAGAAGAACGCUUUGGGCACGGAGGAGGACAACAGCGACGAUGACCUCGAUGAUGAUGCCAUGAUGGAGCUGGACAAGAGCCUGUCAACGCUCUUCUCUGAGCAGAAGAAAAAGACCCAGGCCAAGAGGGACGGCAAGGCCAAAUUUCAGAAAGAGAAGACACUCUUGUGCGAUUACAAGAUCAAGGUGCUCGACCUGGUGGAGGUGUUUGUGGUCCGUCAGGGUGGCAGUCCUCUAGUCCUGGGCCUUUUGGAGCCUCUACUGUAUAUGAUCGAGCGAUUGAUGCGGUCAGGGAAUGAGCAGCAGGUGCAGGACUUCCUACGCAGGGCGGCGGACAUUUUCAAGAACCAGCUAUGCAGGUCCAAGGUGUACUGCAAGGCUACGGAAGACCGACAGGAGGAGCUUCACAAUCUCCUUGACAAGCUGAUGACGCAAGCGCAGAAGUUGCCCGAGUCCUCUGUGUGCCUCUACUAUUUUAGUGCCGCCCUGUACAUUGUCAAAGUGUUGCGAGGACCGCCACCCGCCGAAAGCAAAGAGGAGGCAGAUCUGUGGUUCAUGGGCAACGUGGAUGUUGAGCGGGUGGCCGGCAUCUUUCGGGAAUCACUCUGCUUCUUCAUGAGUCACAGGAAGAGCCCCCUGACCACCCAGAUGUUCACAGACAUGUUCGCCAGAUAUCCGGUUUUGUGUGUUAAAUUACUCGACACGGCAGUGCAGUACAUCACAUCGGGCGUCAGAGAGCACCAACAGGGCCAGGCGUGUGUGUUGGUGCUGCGUGGCAUGCAAAACAGGGAUGUGCAGAAACUAAUGAGCGGCGCGCCAUGGUUGGAGUUCUCCACAAAGGUGAUGGCCCAGCUAGUUGUGGCUUUCAAGCUGGAAGGUCAAACGGACCGCAAGGCUCUGCGGGAGAGGGUAGUGAAGACUCUGGAGCUGUGUCACGCCCUGCUCAAACACAUCCCCCGGCAGGAGCUGUCCAAGGACCUGGAGUCUCUCAAGAGCGCCCUGCAGUCUUUCCCUGAAGUCUUCGCCUUCAAGAAGACAGGCCAGCUGGAGGACACCUACUGGGCUGUCAUGAAACACUUUGGAGUCAUGAAGCCAAAAAAGGAGAAGAUAAACCCCGCCAAGGAUGGUGGCCAGCUGCCGACACCGCAGCAGCUUGCCAAAAAACCAAAGGGCUUCCUGCCAGAAAGCAAAAAGAGGAAAAAACACCCCCGGCCUGUCUUGGAGCCCGCCGCUGCUGCAGCCAACUCGGCCCCGGCGAUGGACAAACCCGUAGCAGAAAAAGGACAAAGCAAGAAGAAUAACAAAAAAAAGACAAAGCGGGCGGCGGACGGCACGCUGGCGUCACAGGCCAGCUCGGCCAAAAAGGUCAAAUUGCAAGAUGACAGGAAGUUGGUAAAAAAGAAGAAAAACAAACAGAAGAAAGAUAAAGGAGGUCAAGUAUAAAGGCUGGACUCUUGAAUAUUUUUUUUUUGUCCAUCAACCUAUUGUUUUUUAUUUUUUUUAAUAUCAUGAGCCCCAAGAGUGUAAGGAUGAGUGUGCUUAUUUUUCUAAUGCAUGAUUGCUUUUAUUUGGAAACAAAACAAACAUACCAGAAUAAACCCUUUUAUCCUCCUGGAGAUUCAUCAUCA